UCAUCUUUUUUUGACACAGAACUCCACCAACUUUACGCAUUUGCUUCGGACAUUAAAACAGUUCGCACUUCGCAACUACUUUGCGUAUUGAGAGAGAGACAUAGACAGAUAGAGAGAUGGAGAGGAAGGCUAUAGUGUUGUGCGGUAUAGUGGGUCUGCUGGGGCUUUUAUCGGCCGUUACAGGUUUUGCUGCGGAGGCUACCAGGAUUAAGGGUUCUGAGGUUCAGUUUAUUUCUCCCACUCAAUGUUCAUAUCCUCGGACAUCUGCCCUUGGUCUUGGCUUAACAGCAGCUGUGUCACUCAUGGUGGCUCAAAUAAUAAUAAAUGCUGCCACCGGGUGUAUUUGUUGCAGGAGAAGUCCUUAUCCUUCAAAUCGUAAUUGGAGGAUAGCCUUAAUCUGCUUUGCUCUUUCCUGGUUCACAUUUGUUAUCGCAUUUCUACUUCUGCUAACUGGUGCUGCCCUCAAUGAUCAACAUGGUGAAGAGAGCAUGUAUUUCGGAAACUAUUACUGCUAUGUCGUAAAACCCGGUGUCUUUGCUGGAGGUGCAAUCUUGGCCUUUGCAAGUUCUGCACUAGGAAUUGUCUAUUAUCUCACCUUAAACUCGGCUAAGGAUGGCAGUGACUUUUGGGUAGGAGGCACUCCCUCGGUUCCUGGCCAAGGUGGCAUUGCAAUGGGACAACACCAAUUCCCACCACCCCGCAAUCAAGAACCUGUUUUUGUACAUGAAGAUACUUAUAUGAGACGACAGUUCACUUGAUCAGUAGACGUUUCGUUCGAAACUUGCAGAUCGUCCUAUUCAUAGAAACAUGUGAUCAUUUCAAAUGUUGAUCUUGGUUUAUGGUUUGAUAUAAUGGAGUUUCUUAGAUUGUAUGUAUAGAUGUAUAAGCUGGAUGUAUCUCUUAAGUUUCAUACAGCUUCAAGAAGGAUGAAAACUCAGGAAUAUGUAAAAUAGGGAUUCGGAUUUUCCCAAAUAUUGAGUUUAGACUAUAUUUUGGGGGUGAACACCCUUUUAAGUUUCUUUUAGUGGAUUCUACAAUUAAUUGGAAAUUAAAUCCUGAAAUUUUGUCA